GGACCAAAUCGAUCGAGGGCAGGAACUUCUUCAAUCUUCGCAAGUAAUGGAAGAGUAUUGACACAUUUUGAGUACUUGGUUACGUUCAUAGUUAGUUAUGUGAAAGGUUAUCCAUCAAUGUCAAUAUGAAGAAAGGUGUUUUAUUGCCAAGUAGACAUACACGACGAAAGCAUAAUCGAGUAAAGUUACGGACGUGGUAAAGUGCACAAUGAUAUCCCAUUCUGAAUCAGUCCAGAAUUUGUGUGCACCCCAAAAGGUUCAUCAUGAAGUGUGGGAUCUUUCUGGUGUACUUAAUCCUUAACGUUUUAAAAGUGUCAAGCGAAUCCCUUUCAGAUUUUUUAGUGGGAAAUGGGAGGAAAUAUGUUUGUAUUCAUUCAUACUUAUCCGAUCUAUCUGCAGCUAAAUUGAUUGUCCGUAAUUGGUUUGCAGAGAAUGAAGUCUAUUUCAGUUGGAACAAAGCAUACCAACCAUGCUCCAAGAGAAGCUUUAAUGUAUUUAUUAUGGACGACUCACUCACUGGCAUCGAAAAUAUAACCUUGUAUCUUCCAGAUCUUACGAUAAGGUCUUCGAUGAUAUUUGUAAUAAAUUCCUCUUCCAAAACUUUGGAAAAUAUCCGAAAGCAUGUGAGAGGAUUCAAGGGCUCCAGUUUCUUUUAUGUGGGGCUUUGGAACACAUCUGCAACAAUACAAUACUACCAAGUGAUAACGUUCCUGUUGAAUGGCGCAUAUGUUAUUCAGAAACUGGAACUUGAUGGAAAUGCCAAGAUCAUUGAAAACUAUGAUCUUCAAGGAACGGAGAUCGUCUCUCAAUCUCUUGACUGGUUCCCUUAUUUCACGAUUGAAGCCAAUGGUACCUCUUACGGAUAUCUCAUUGACCUAACCAGUUAUUGUGCCAAGAUGUUCAAUUUCACCUACCGUUCCAUAGUGGAACCAAAUAAUGAUUGGGGCAUGCAGUCGCAAUUUGGCAAAAACCUCAGUGGAGUCUUAGGGAACGUGAUCCAAAACAAGGUGGAUAUGAGCCUAAGCCUGUGGGUUUGGAACGAAAAUCGGGACCGUUGGGUAGAUUUUUCAAUCAUAGGGACUGAUAGGGAGCAAUUUUGUUUUUACCCUCAAAUGCCUAAGAUUGACCCAACUCUUUUUCUUCGACCUUUCACAAAUGAUUCGUGGAUCGCCAUUGCUUUGACCUCAAUUGUUUUAGUGAUUUGCGCGGCGAUUCCCAUGUGUAUUCGGUACUUGAACAACUCCAUGGGUUACAAGAUGAUAUCAACUUCUGGAUGGUAUUUUUUCGUCCUCUUAAACGCAUUUUAUGGGGGAGCUCUUACCAUGUUUUUUGCAAAUGAACCAUCUUUUCCAUUUCUUUCGGUUCAAGAUGUUGUGGAUGCUUAUCCUUCAUGGAGCUUGAAAGUUCAAAAGGGAAACGAAGUCUUCAUAUUGGCGAAUGCAUCACCGGAGAAACCAGAAUUUCAAACACUCUAUGAUCGCUUGAUUGACGAGCCCGAAAAGAAUUUGUAUUCGAAUUACGAGGAUGUUCUGAGUGAAGCCCGAUCCAGCCAAACCAUGUUCCAUGUAUUUCUGAGACACUUCACGGGUUUUUUGAGACAACAUCCACAACAACAAGGAAACUUGCGGACUUUUGCCCGCGGAAGACGUCAAGAUGUUGGGAUCAUUUUCCCCAAGAACUCUCCUCUGGUUCCAAUUUUCAGACUUGGGAUCCAACGUCUCCGAGAAAGAGGAUCAUUGAAUUUUUUGAGCCAAAGGUGGGAUGGCUCAUUUAAAGGGGAAACCUUUCAAGUGGACCGGAUGGUCUUGUCUGGAGGGCAAAUCAUUCUCGUGUAUGUCCUUAUGGGAUUGGGGUUCAGUCUUUGCUUGUUUUGUCUCAUAAUCGAAUGCUUUUGGAAAAAAGUGGCCAACUCUAGGCCAAGUAAGUGUUAAUGUUUCACUGGUUUCAAAACAAUAUUGUUGCAAAUAAAUGAUAAAAACAUAAAAAGUAAUAAAUGUCGUUAAUCACUUUUGAGGUCACAAAUCGUUGGAGGUUGACAUUGAAUAAAAGCAGCUAAAGUUAAUCGCAAAUUGCUUGUGACGCCGUAAAUUUGGUCAACUUAUGUGGUGGCGCAGUUUAUUAAAUAUCGUAUAGCGCCAUAGCUGAUCUGAUCAGAUCUUUACCAACAUUAAUAAUCAAUAAAAGGAAAUGUGUUUUUAGUUCGACUAAAUUGCGAAUUGCCCUGCCUUAAGAAAGCAAACUAUUCUUUAAGCUUCAGCCGUUCCGUGAUUUAGAUUCGCAUUGCGAUCUGACGAUACAAAAAAAGACAACAAAAUGAAGAAAAAAAAUCCUUAAUUAAGAGAUGUUGAUGGCUAUUGCUACCGAAAGAUGAGUGACUAAGGUUUCAAAAUUUAAAUGGCGGUUAAAAGUUUGUUUUAGUAGCAUUCCGUUGAAGGAGCGCGUAUCAGAUAAACUAAGUAACUUACUCUAAGUUUUUGAAUGGAAGAGUGUUUGAGAAAUGCAUCAUGUCGAGUUGCCUUAUACCUUAAUGUUGAAUAUUGGCUGCCAUUUUUGGUUGAUAAUUUAUCAUCAAUAUUGAUAAUCAGUGAGUUUCUUUAUUGCUGUCAUUUCGUUUUACAUUACAAGGCUUUGAUUAUGGCAAAUUUAUUUGAUGUCUAAUUACAAAUUCCAAAAGCAAUCACAAUUUCAUACAGAAAAAGAAAUCAAACAAUGUUCCCCAGGGUUCCAUCCUAGGGCCUCUCCUUUUUUUAUAUUCAUUGCCCCAUUUCAAAAGCUUAGUAUUACUGCCAGUCUCUCUUCU